AUGGACAUGACCAAUCAGAAGAAGGUCAAUCGCACGAAGAUCUAUGAUCAAACCGCCUUGCACACUGAAACGGCAGGUGACACCGAUGAGAUCGAGCCAAUUUGCAAUGCUCAGGAUGAACUCACUGAGGAAGAAUUCAUCGAACAACUGAUGGAACAGGGUGACUCUGACGCACUUCUGGUCGGAGAUUUUGAGUUGGCAGCCCAAGACACGAUUCAGGAAGAUCAGAGUCUUGCCAUAGCCCUGACAUCAUACCAGCAGGCUCGUCAUCGACUGUCCGAGAGAUUUCGCAACCGUGGUUUCUUUCCAAGCAAGCCAUUUCCAGGAGGUGCCAAAGGGAAGUUUUCAAGUGGAAAAGGAUUCAACAAAGGCAAGGGUCUUUCGAACUGGAACAGCCGUCCCAAAAAGACCCUUCAAGAACGCAUCAUGCAGAGCACAUGCCGUCUAUGCGGACAGCGUGGUCACUGGAAAGCUGAGUGCCCGCAGAGGGGUCAAAGCCAGUCAAGUGCGGCGUCUUCCACAACCGGUGGAAGCAUGGCACCCACCACGACAGUGAUUUCACAUGAUGCCACCAUGGAUAGCCUGCCACUGGAAUUUCUAAGCCUGCCUGAAGAGUUUGCUGAGACUCUCGAUGCCGAUCAGGAGAACACGACCAAACCAAGAGUGAUGGAGCCAAGAGUGAACAUGCCAAGAGCUGUCACCAGGAAGACCGAGACUUUUGCCACCGUGGAGAAUAAAGACCAGCCAGUCAUGCAGAAUCAGCCAGGUGAAACCCAGAGUGUGAGCCAGUUGAAACUAUCAAGACAGCAGAAGCGGCCACCAGUGAUCAAGUUGCGACCAAGUCAGUAUCGUUCAGUUCAGAGAUCGCUGCACCAACCCAUGUCGCUGAACCAGCGCCUGAAGCAGCUGCAGCAACCAGUGGAAGAUGCAGAGUUGCCGGACCUGUCCCAUUACCGACUGGAGGACCUUCAUCACCAGAAGGUGGAUUUCGGCAACAAACACCGCGGAGAGAAGUUCGAAGUUGCAUGGAAGGGCCAAUCGUGGGUGAGCUUCAUCGCAACUCACUAUGCCCAAAGCCGCUGCAUGUCCCAUCGGUUGGUCAUUCGGUACAUCGAACUGAUGAUCGAGAAACACGAAAUGAGCGGUGCACCAAUCAAGAUGAUGCCCGACAAUCUGAGCGAGGUGAAUUCACUGAACCAAAGGCCAGUGGUUCCACGACCUGUCAUGAAAGCCAAGGCCAAGCCAAUGGCUCUCAACCGAUCCCAGAUGUGCCCAGCCGACAUCACUCAUUUGCCCGACAUGGAAGAAGCCGAUUGGGAGUUGAGUUCUCAGACAUACCAGCCUGGGUAUAUGGAAAGCCCCCCACUGACACAGGAUCCCAACUUCCUAGCCAUGCAGACCAGACUUCUUCACAUGGAGAAUGCAUUGGGCCGAGUGAUUCAGCAUCUCGAAGGUCAGGUUGUGGCCACGAAUCCCGAAUGCCAGGAGGUAUUGCAACAAGGCCAGUCUGCAUUCCGCCAUGGCAUCGAGCAGGGCGAUCUCUCGACAGUUGAGGGCAGCCGCCGCGCAGAAGGGGCGGAAUAA